AUGUCAUCAACCAAAAGGCACCAAAACCGUCUCAAAGAAUGGUUUCCACACACAUCCAAACCAUUCAUCGCAAACGCGCCGAUGCUCGGAUUCGCCAACCACCAACUAGCAACAGCAGUGACAAAGGCCGGAGGUCUCGGCUUCAUCGGGGGUGGAUUUGACUUCAGCCCCUCAUCAACCCAACUUGUCAAGCUAGACAGCGAGUUAACAAAAGCUCGGACAGAGCUUAAAAUAGCUGAUUCGGGUACUUUACCAAUCGGUGUAGGCUUUAUAACAUUCAAGCCGUCAGGUUUCGAAGAGAAUGUUGUUCCUCUUCUAGAUAAGCACCGUGUAUCUGCUGUGUGGCUUUCCUUCCCAAACGAGGAUGCGGAUCAUACGUCUAUCAUUGCUGCUAUCCGUGAUGCAAGGGUCAAAUCAGAGUGGCCGGUCAAGGUCUUUGUACAGGUUGGGACUGUGCAGGGUGCUGCGACUGCCGCGGAGCAAGGUGCGGAUGUUAUUGUUGUGCAAGGGACUGAUGCGGGAGGACAUCAAUGGGCCAGGGGUGCUAGUCUUAUAUCGCUGCUUCCUGAUGUGAGUGAGAGCUUGGGAGACGUGUAUGAUGUUGCGCUCUUGGCAGCCGGUGGGAUAGUCGGGGGCAAGGGUGUGUUGCUGCGUUGGGUCUGGGCGCAGAUGGGAUUGUUAUGGGGACGAGGGUGGGUUUUUGGAGACCGACUGGGUCGAAAUAUUGCUAAUAUCGUACAGUUCGUUGCAACUGAGGAAUGUCCAGCUCCAGCCCUUAUCAAAGAUUCGAUUGUGAAAGCCCAGGAUGGUGCUUCCUCGACAGUUAAAUCUGUCCGACACGAUGUUUUCCAAUCUACCGACGUCUUUCCAAGGCAGUAUGACGGUAGGGCCCUGGUUGGCAUCAGUUGGACUGAGGCUCAGAGCGGAGUCAGUGAUGAGGAAGUCAUUCGGCGGUACGAUGAAGCAAUUAAGCAGGGGGAGGACCAUCGACGUACCUGGUGCAAGUGUCGGGUCGAUUUCUUCGGUGCUGUCUGUGAGCGAGCUGAUGGAACAGGUUCAACAGGAGGUCAAGUUGACUGCUGCGAGCAUCAUGGGUCGUAUAUGAUAGGUGUGCCUUGA